AAAAUGAGGUUAGGCAUUACUGUGUAACGAUUAGAUACUGAACAAGUGUGUCAAUUGAAUUUUUAUCCAGUUACAGUAAAAUAGAGAAUACUGAAAACUCCACAAUCUGAACAGUUAUUAACUUUAUUGUAAAAUAGGGGUGAAGUUUUGGCAUCCAAACUACUAUUAUGGAUUACAGAUCCAUUUGAUUUUACUGCUUGUUUUGAAGUACCCAAAAGCACCCUUUGGGAAUUAUACCAGAUUAUCCAUUAAAAACACGUUGCUCUUCUUUUCCCCUGAACUUUAUAGUUUAGAUUCUAUGCUUGAAAACACUAUACUGUAAUCCAAAGGAACCUAGAACACUCUUGCGUUCCAGUUAAUUCCUUAAAUUCUUCAUCGGUUUUGAUUCAAGAAACUAAAACGGCUGCCCUUCUGGGUCGACUCUCCCUAUCGCUCCAGCUGGCCUCUGCCCUGGCUGGGAGGCUUCGAUCGGAACCACGACCACCCCCACCGACCGAAACAAGAACCACCGGCGGAAGGCCCGAACCUCAACCCACCCGGGCGUGACGUCAUCCCUUUCCGAGCCUCUCUUGCUUGGUCUUCCGCCCCUUCCCCCCCGCCCGCCGCCCCUGCCUGAGAAGACGGAAUCCAUUCCGGGUCGGAAAAGGUACCGGAUGUGGCAGAAGCUGAGGUGUUAAUAUGGCUCGUAUCACCCUUGAAGAACUUAAUGAAAUGGAUGAUGAGAUCCAGGAUGAAGAAGAAGAACAAAAUGAAACUGAACAAAACCAGCUGUUUUCUAUGUGGGAAACAGUAGCCAACACUCAUCACGUGAUGCUUCCUCGAGACAUGGCAGGUCCAAUACUACAGAUGACUCAUCAUAACCAUGUGCGAGAGCCUGUGCCCUACACUGUUUUAUCACAGCAUGAGAAAUGCGAGGAAACAACAUAUGAGGAACGCCUAUACCCUGCUGGGAAAUGGGCAUGCAUCACUAAAGGAGAACCCAAGUAUGAGCAGAGCAUCUCAUUGGGUUUCAUGAAACUUAUAAGAUACAUCUGCAAAGAAAAUUCCCUAGGCCAGCACUUGGGGAUGACAGUACCAGUGAUUAAUGAGAUCCACCUGAACAAGGAGGGUACUGAAUUGGUCCAAGAAGUUAUCACUGCUUAUUAUCUUCCUCAGGAAUUUCAGCUUAAUCCUCCUCUCCCCAUGGAUCCAGAAAUCCAAAUACUAGAAAGAUCACCUCUUCAAGUUAUCACCAGGGAGUUUUAUGGGCCAGCUACUGAGGAGACAAUCCUGCGUGAGAUUCACUUUCUUUGGGAGUUAUUGGGUUCGACAGAUAAUGUGCUCCGUGAAACGUACUUGGUGGCUGCAUAUCAGAACCCUAGUAUACCCAAUCGUCGCAAUGAGAUAUGGUUUAUCCGGAGAACAGACUGAAAGCAUCAUGGAUUUCUAACAAGAUUGUAACCCAGUGAAUUCAGUUUAGAUGGCAGUUCUAGCCUGAAGGAGAUGAAUGCACUUUCUAACUUACUCUAGAACUGACCUGAUGACCCAUUCCUUUUCCUUGAGGGCAUUAAGGACUUGUAUUCCCUCCUAUGAGUUCAGAAAUAGGAAAAAACAAGAACAUGGAAAAGUAGUAUGGUUUUCUAAUGUUUCUGGAGGGAGCUGGCACUGGAAGAAUCUAUGGAUAUCUGCUUCAUUGACUUUGAAAUUUGUCUACGCACACCUGAGUCAAAAUGCAUCAGCAAUUGCAACUGUUCAGCAAUCCACAUCUGGUAUUUUAAACAUUCUGAAUUCUUCUGGAAAUGAAUUUGGAGUGCCAGCCUGUAGCUGGAUGGGGGCAUAGGUCAUAGUUUUACUUACUUAGAGAGAGAAUUUAAUUUCUGGGCAAGAGGCUAUAUCAUUUAGCCAUGUAUACUUUUAAUCACCUCUGUUCCAGCUUGACGUGGAAUAAUUUCAGACUUUCUUAACUGGGUUGAUUUGAAUAUAUCAUAGAAAGCCUUUCCCAGGAACAAUCUCACCUGAAAGGAAGGUCUGAGAAUUGGAGAUCAGAGAAAUCCUCUUCUGUUUUUUAAGAGUGGUAUAACACCUGUCCCUCUGUGACCUAUCCACCAACUGGACUUGUAUCCAUGGAUGCUUCCAGACUGUUGAUUACUGCUUUCAUUUUUGUCUCCUCCAUAGACAUUUUUCUAUUAAUAAAAGUAAAUGGAAGCUACAGUGAAAAAAUAUAGGACACUUAUCAAUGAAAAACGUGAUUAUAUGGAUCCUGGACUUCUUUUUAUUCUUUUAAUGAACAAGGUAAUUGUAAAAUAAAGGCCAUAUUGAAAAGCAUCCCGUCAUUUUGCAAGAUACCCAUUGACUAAGCCAUGUAUUUACUGGAAGUUAUAAUUGUAUGCAUUGUUACAUUGCACUACGUUAUAUUCUGAUUGGUUGAUUUCAUGGCCAAGAAGGAAGCUGUUUUCUCUGAAGGAGGAUAAUAGCACAGAGCAAUUGUGAAAUAAAAUCUAGCUCAAACCUCUCUGAUGCUUGUUAUUGAGUUACAUGGCAUCUGGUUUAUUAGAUUUUUAUUUCACCUUUAUAAAUAACUAAAGACAGUGAACAUACAUAAUAUUCCUUCUUCCUCCUCUUUCCUCCACUACAACAACCCUAUAAGGUGGGUUGCUCUAAGAGACAUGACAGGCUGAGUCACCGAAACAGCCUGUGAUGACCCAGGGCAUGGCACAAAGGCAACACAGUUACAUAAGCAAGAAAAGUCC